GCUUCGGCUGCCGGUAGGUGUGCAUUAGUGGUGUUCCGUGGCAUUGCACCGCGUUCUCGGUCGCGGGUGUGCGUGCUACGUUUCGUGAGAGAGAGAAGGAGAUUCGCGGUUUGCGGCUAGAAGACGUGUCAUCGGGCAUCGGCCGGCCGGACGGGCGGGGGACGUGGGACGCGAAAUAAGUGCGAACCGCAGCAGUCAUGCGGCGGAAUGUCAAGAUCGCGUUGCUCCUGUCAUGCGCGUGGAUGUUCGCCUUUGUUUACUAUUACCACACAUCCAGGGACACCAAGAACGAGAACAGAGCCUUACGGCUGAAGGAGCCUGCGUCCCUGGCGCUUUCCGCCAGCGGAAAUUCCGGCGGCUACAUGGAUCCAGACGGCACGGCCAUUGUAAUGUCAUCCGAGCUUCUGCCAGCACCGACCCCGGAUCCGAGGGUGACGUGGAAUUACUUUGACGAGCAGGGGUACGUUUCAAGAGGUGGUCUACGUGCGGGCGAGGACCCAUACGCCAGGAAUAAAUUCAAUCAGGAAGCCUCCGAUGGUCUUCCGAGCAAUCGUGACAUACCUGACACCCGUAGCGCCAUGUGUAGAAUGAAACAAUGGAGACAGGAUCUGCCACCGACUUCCGUUAUAAUUACUUUCCACAACGAGGCACGGUCUACACUACUCAGAACUGUCGUCAGUGUGCUGAACAGAAGUCCCGAGCAUCUAAUUAAAGAAAUCAUUUUGGUGGACGAUUUUAGCGACCAUCCCGAGGACGGCGAGGAGUUAUCGCGAAUCCAUAAAGUUCGUGUAAUUAGAAACGAGAAGAGAGAGGGCCUAAUGAGAUCGCGUGUUCGCGGUGCGGAUGCAGCUACCGCGAGUGUGCUAACAUUUUUAGAUUCACAUUGUGAAUGCAACGCCGAUUGGCUCGAGCCGCUCUUGGAAAGGGUGGCCGAGGAUCCAUCGAGGGUGGUAUGUCCUGUGAUCGAUGUAAUCAGCAUGGAUACUUUCCAAUAUAUCGGGGCCUCCGCCGAUCUUAGGGGUGGUUUCGAUUGGAGUUUGGUCUUUAAAUGGGAAUAUCUCAGUCAGGUGGAACGACAGGCGAGACAAAAGGAUCCGACACAAUCCAUUAGGACCCCUAUGAUUGCUGGCGGACUGUUUGUCAUCAACAAAGCGUACUUCGAGAAACUCGGCAAAUACGAUACUCAAAUGGAUGUUUGGGGCGGCGAAAAUCUCGAAAUAUCGUUCCGCGUGUGGCAAUGCGGUGGCAGCUUGGAGAUUAUCCCGUGCUCACGUGUGGGCCAUGUAUUCCGUAAACGUCAUCCUUACUCGUUCCCCGGAGGCAGCGGAAACGUGUUUGCUCGAAACACGAGGCGCGCCGCCGAAGUAUGGAUGGACGACUACAAGCAGUUCUACUACAACGCCGUACCGUUAGCACGAAACAUCCCUUAUGGAAACAUUCAAGAUAGAAUGGAGCUAAAACGAAGACUGCAUUGCAAGCCUUUCAGUUGGUAUUUGAAGAACGUAUAUCCCGAAUUAGUUAUACCUACGAGCGAGGGUGGUCCAGGAGGAUCUCUGAAGCAGGGCACCGCUUGCUUGGACAGCAUGGGCCAUCUUCUCGACGGAAACGUCGGUCUUUAUCCUUGUCACGACACUGGUGGUAAUCAGGAAUGGGGCCUCACGAAGGACGGCCUGAUCAAGCAUCACGAUCUCUGUCUGACUCUGCCCGUGUACGCCAAGGGCACGACGCUGCUGAUGCAGAUCUGCGACGGCAACGAGAACCAGAAGUGGCGACACUUGGAGGGCGGUCUGAUACGCCACACCAGAAUCCCCGUGUGCGUGGACUCGCGGUAUCACGCGCAGCGCGGCAUCACGGCGGAGAAGUGCGACUCGAACGCUGAGACGCAGAGGUGGCAUCUCUACAACCACAAUCACUAGCUGAUAUGGUUGCGGUGAACACGCUAUUCACCCACGGACUCUCUCUCUUAACGCUACGCGCCACGACGUGAUCACCGUUCAAUGAGGCCGACCGCGUCAAAAGUGCGUUUUUUUUUUUUUUAAAUUAGGGACUGGCUGUCUGCCUGCGAACGGAUCGAUCGAUUCGACCGGGUUGCGCUUAUCGCAGACCGACGUAUCUUUGUAACCGUAAUCAUGGUUCUUCACGAUUUCUUAUCGAUGAAGAACCCCAUCUUGUACCACACUGACUUGCAAAUUCGCCAGUUCACGAUGUAGCCUGUUCCUAUGAGGCUCGGAUAGCGGUACGUAUGGAUAGAAGAAAUUUAAAGAGUUCUCUAAUGAUGUUACGAAAAGUGGUACGCAUCUCACAAACUAAAACGGAAAUAGUUUCGCAAAAGAAAGUGAAAAAAAAAAAAACUUUAAGACUGCUUGGUGAUUCUAAUCAACAAUCUUUAGUUUCUAUAUCCAUGAGAAUUCCAUUGCUUCCGAUUUUCUUAGGCAUUAAAUCAUCCUACUUUUAUAAUGACAAAAGAUUAACCUGAUAGGUUGACGUCUCGCGAUCGAUGUGUGAUAAGUGUGAAAAUUAUUUAUAAUAAAAUAAUACAUAAAAAAUAUGAAAACGUGUGUAUGAACAAUGGUGCAAAUGGACGUUGUGUAAGAUUCGGUGCAAUCCGAUUAUACAUAUGUUAUGUUUCAAAUAUCGAAUUUACAAACUGCGAUAUUUCAUGCAUAGUGUGAUUGACUUAAACAAAUAAUUCUUAAGAGCCAUACGUAACGAUUUUAGCUUUGAACAAAUCCAUAAAGAAUCUCUAGUUUUCGAGGUUCACGGUGUUAUAAAAAAUUGAGUUAUAUUUGAAAAACAAUUGGGAGUUGCACAUGCAAUGAAAUACCUAUACUUUAUAAUUGUCAGACUUAUUUCUUUGAGAAAUUUAUUACUUAAACGAAGAUUGAAAGAAACUUAUAAUGUUGCGUGUGAACGACUAACUCUUCAAUGUCACAAUGUCUCAAAAUUUAUAUAUAAUAUAAACAUUUAUACAGAGUUUUCUUAAAACUCUCAUUAAUAAAAUUUAUAGAUUUAUUUUAAUUAUAUAAUAUUUUGAUUAUUAUAUUAUUAAAUUUAAAUUGAUAUUGGAAAUUGAAGAGAUAGAUUGAAAACCAAUCUAUGAGAUGGUAAUAAUGCUUUUAAUGGAACAUAGGUAAUAAAAUUUAAUCACACAACAUUACUGAGUGAUAACGAGAUAAUAUGAAAUCGAAUUAAUUCUUUUUUUAUAUGUAAUCAAAAGAGUAAUAGAAGAGUUGACGAAGAAUUAAAUUAGAAAUCCGGGAAUUUAAAAUACAAUUAUGGCAGUCAAUUGAUUUUACAAUACAACUUAAGCUGACGAUGUUUCUUGUCUAUGUUUCUCAAAUGCAUAAAAAAAUUUAAUAAAAGCGACAUUCAGUCAUUUUUUAGUACGGAUACGUAUUCUUAAAAGUCCGAUCGAGCAGCUCAUCUUUUUUUAUACAUUUAUUUACGUGUUUUUUAAAUAAAUGAGCCAAAGCUUUUACACUUGGCAGAAUUUGUUUUAAGUAAUCGAUAGUUUUAUCACAAAUACCAUUUUGAUAUUACUCUUUUAUGCAGACAACCGCGGAGAAGCUUUUCGGUAUUCGAGAAUGUACACGAAAUCAAUUAUAAUAUAAUUACAUUAUAUUAUAAUAUAAUCAUAUUAUAUGAUAUAAUUAUAUUAUGUUAUCGAUGUACAUUACAUUGUUUAAAUAUUUAAUUUUUAAUAACGUAUACAUAAUUUCUGUAUCUGUUUAAAGAAUUUGACGUUUUGCAAUUGUAUAGCAUGUGGACGUAAGAAGCUUCUCAGCGACUGAAUCGCUAUUUUGACCGGGCCCAAAAUCAUGCUAGGUUCAUACAAUACGUAUUCUUUUUAUCUGAUCUUAGCAUACGCGGCGCAUCCAAUCUGCGAAUAUCCUUGUGAAUCAAACAACAAAUUGCGAUGAACAAGAUGCUUUCCCUUCAGAAGCGUGCGCUACGAUUCGCAGAAAAAGAGAUUUAUUUUUGUAACUAAUUGUAUACUUACUUGGUUGUGCGUAAAUGAAAAGCGCAGGGUGUAUGUGCAUACUUAACAUAUUGUAGCUCAGUAAUAACAUUCUAAUUUCUGAUAUUUAAUUUUUACUUUUUGAAAGCGAGUAUUAAUUCUCAAGUUUUCCAAUUUCUUUUUGUCCUUUCCCACGUUGGAAUACACUUAAUUUAAUAAUGGCCAAUAUCAAGAAGUUCGAUUUCUCAGUAAGAACUAAAUUAGAUGAAAAUAAUAAUUCUCAAGAGCAUUAAAUCGAAUCUAAAAUAAAACGGCAGCGCCGUUCCAUUACUCGCCUACAACGUGUUAAGUGAAAAUCAACAUGGAAGCUGACACAACUAAUUAUAGCAAUACAUAUUAGCAGACACGAUCUUUUGUACACUUAUACUUUCCGACGAUAAUGUCUUACUGCCGUCUCUUCACGUUGGGACUAUAUAAAUACCGCGAAGUGAGAUGAUUAAUAAUAUCGUAUAAACUUUUGUAUGAUACACACGGGCAUCCACGCUAACUCUGCUGUAGCAAUCAUCCGUUAAAGUAAUUCUUUUGAUAUCGAUAUUGUAUGCGUAGAAUUUUAAUGUAGAUAACACGCGACCGAUGAAAUCGGCCGUGCCCUAAUUAAACGAAUGCGAUAUUAUGAAUAGUCUCGAAUCACUUCUGAAAA